AUGGCGGCCGAAAAUUCUGCCAAUGGCGCGGUUACACCCAAAUACGAAAGAACCCAGUCUCAACCUGAGAACCCGUUCGCAUCCUUGAUCCCGGAUCAAGAGAUCGCUAUCAUUCCAUCUUUCACCCUUGAAUCGGGUGUUACGCUGCACAAUGUCCCCGUGGCAUACACCACACGAGGCACGCUGUCUCCCACCGGGGACAAUGCCAUGGUCAUAUGUCAUGCCUUGACCGGCAGUGCAGAUGUAGCCGAUUGGUGGGGACCCCUACUUGGCGGUCCUGGCCGUGCCUUUGAUGUCUCUCGCUUCUUCAUCGUCUGCAUGAAUAGCUUGGGCAGUCCAUAUGGCACUGCAAGCCCUGUCACGGCCAAGGAUGGCGAUCCCAAGAACGAACGGUACGGGCCGGAAUUCCCCCUGACCACGAUUCGCGAUGAUGUGAAUCUGCACAAGCUUCUUCUGGACGAUCUUGGGGUUCGUCAAGUUGCAGCUGUCGUUGGUGGCUCGCUCGGGGGCAUGUUUGUGCUCGAGUGGGCAUACUUUGGCAAAGACUAUGUGCGCUGCAUUGCGCCCAUCGCUACCUCAAGCCGACACAGUGCUUGGGGGAUCAGCUGGGGUGAGGCUCAGCGCCAGAGCAUCUACGCAGAUCCCAAGUACGAGGACGGGUACUACUCGUUCGAAGAUCCGCCAGCCACAGGGCUUGCGGCUGCACGCAUGUCUGCACUGUUGACCUAUCGCAGCCGAAAUUCGUUUGAGGCUCGGUUCGGCCGCAACAUACCGGAUCCUUCACGGCGGCAGCCCAUCCGGGAGCGUCCUCAACCAAACACCGCUUCUGAGGCCUACUUCUAUGCCCAUAACGAUGGUCACAACAUCAGCAGGACUGGCCUGUCCCGGCACAAUAGCGAAACGAAGCUCAAGCCUAGUCCCCCACCCAACGGGGUUUCUUCAACGGCUUCCAAGGCCGACACGGAAGCAGCCAUCCUUGACCCUCAGUUCCAUGGCCCUCCCAAGACGAGCCUGACUGGUGGAGACAAGAUGCCCACUUCCACGUACUUUUCAGCACAGUCCUAUCUCCGAUACCAAGGGUCCAAGUUUGUCAAGCGAUUCGACAGCAACUGCUAUAUUGCUAUGACGCGGAAACUAGAUACGCACGAUGUUUCUCACGGCCGCGCUGACACCAUCGCCGAAGCAUUGGCGAUGAUCGAACAACCAACGCUGGUCAUGGGAAUUGAAAGCGAUGGACUGUUCACCUUCGCGGAGCAGCAAGAGAUAGCUGCCGGCAUCAAAGACUCGCGCUUGGAGAAGAUCGACAGCCCGGAAGGGCACGAUGCUUUCCUGUUGCAAUUCGAGCAGGUGAAUCGGUAUCUACUCAACUUCUUCAGGGAGGUGCUCCCAGAUAUCAUGAAUAAGGAUGUGGGCGAAUCUGUGGAGAGCUCUGUUGGGCAGAUGACCAAGUCAAGUACGUUUGGCGAAGCAGAGGUGGAAGACAUUACUGCUUGGUAG